AUGAAGACGGCCGAUCCGAUGGGUCCGGAGUAGAUCCCGUAGCCCCAGCGGUCCUGGUAGAUCCUCACAGCGAUGGUCAGAACUCCAAACAUGGUGAUGGACGAACGCUGAGGUUCGUCAAAGUCGCCCAGAGCUGCAAGUUGUGGUUUUGGACAUUCAUGCAGAUUCUCACCGAUCAGAGUGACCCACAUGGAGAGCGCCGUGCCGUAGACGCUGAAAUAUUCCAGGAUGUCGUAUCUCAUGAAGCACAGGAUGGACAGACCUGGACCGUCACACGCGUGGUAGAUCUGCAGGAGGAACAUCUGACAAGCUUCAAACUCCAACCAGAAGCAUCCUCCAGAACCUGAACUGAACGUCUCACCACGGUGAAGAACAUGGUGAAGAAGUAGACCAUGGCCUCCAUGUGGAAGCCCCGCUUGGCGGCGACGCUGGCCGUGGGCAGGAACACCAGACUGCUGACGGUGGGGAGCAGCAGCUUAGCGAUGAAGGCGCCCAUGAUGGAGGAGAACCAGAAGAACCAGGAGAACCAGCAGGGACCGGGAUAAAUCCUGCAGGAGACCCUCAGCCUGGUGGAGCUGAAUCACACAGCCGGCAGGACUCGACUCUCUCUGGGGGAAGAAUCGAUCAGCUGUGAGUCUUUAUUACCGUCAGCAGCAGCAUGACCUGAAGUGACCCCGACGUGGAGUCAGGAGGUCCAGAGGUCAGGAGGACGGAGAAAGUGGAAGUUAGAGGAGAAGAGGAAGAAGAGCCUGAAUUACUCCAACCUGUGGAGUUUAUUACGAAACCAAAAGUUUGUAGUUUCUGUCCUCGUUGUGGGAACCAGAGACGACUUCCUCCACACAUCUGGACAAACAUCAGGCUUCCCUCUGAUUGGCUCAGAACCAGCAGCGACCUCCGACCUCCAGUGGAUCCAUGAAACCAUCCAGAGAUGCUAAUAAACCGGAGAGAGAGACCGAAGGCAGAGCCGAUCCUCCCACCGCCGAGGAGGAGGAUGCAGCCAGAGAACACCUUACCUCCCUCCCUCCCUCCCUCACUCUCUGCCUCUUCACUCCACGGCGACGGCAGCAACACAACGCUGCUGCUACACACCGACACACACACUGAGCGGCAUCCUCAGCUCGGACCCAGACGGCCCUUGGACUGCUGCAGGCGAGGAUGAGGCUGUGGUCGUGGCAGCAGUGUGGGGAGGUCGCUGUGGUUCUUCUGGGCUUCCUGACGUUGGUGGUUUCUGUGGGGAAUCUGUCCACCAGAGGACUGCAGGAGGAGGGCGUGGCCUCCAACAGUCUGGAGGAGGAGCUGGAGGUGACCACGUACUGGUGGGGGGAGUGGGCCAAGUGGACGGCCUGCACUCGGACCUGUGGAGGUGGAGUCAUGUCUCAGGAGAGACACUGUCUGAAACAGAGAAAGAAAGUUGCUGCCGGGAAGGACAACAUGACCUGCACAGGAACUGCUAAGAAAUAUCAUCUCUGCAACACUAAGGAAUGUCCGGCCACUGGGAAGAGCUUCAGAGAGGAGCAGUGCUGGUCCUUUAACUCACAGCUUUACAAUGGGAGGAACUACCAGUGGAAACCUCUCUAUCCCGACGACUAUGUCCACAUCUCCAGUAACCCCUGCGACCUCCACUGCACCACCGCCGACGGCCAGAGGCAGCUGAUGGUGACAGCCAGAGACGGAACUUCCUGCAAGUACAGCAGCUACCGAGGCGUCUGCGUGGACGGUAAGUGUGAGCCGAUCGGAUGCGACGGCGUUCUGUUCUCGUCCAACACUCUGGAUAAAUGUGGAGUCUGUCAAGGCGACGGCAGCAGCUGCAGCAGAGUCACCGGAAACUUCAGGAGAGGUGCCACGACUCUGGGUUAUUCUUUCAUCACUCAAAUCCCCGAAGGAUCCUGGGACAUCCAGAUCAUCGAGAGGAAGAAAUCGGCCGACGUUUUAGCUGUGACCGACCAGGCCGGGAACUUCUUCUUCAACGGCGCCUACAAGGUGGACAGUCCUCAGAACUUCCAUGCAGCAGGAACCGUCUUCAAAUACCGCCGACCCAUGGACGUCUACGAGACCGGCAUCGAGUACAUCGUCGCCAAGGGCCCCAUCGACCAGGCCAUCAACAUCCUGGUGUGGAACCAGAACGGUCGGACUCCCUACAUCACCUACGAGUAUACCGUCCUCAGAGACUCCCUGCCUCCCGUCCCGCCUCCUCCCGUCUACACCGGGUCGGACUCCUCGGCCGGUGAGGUUUCCGUGGAAGUGGGAGGUUUGCUGGCUCCCAACGGCAGCGUUUACGACCAGACGUCUCCCGGAGAUCCGCUGGACGCCGGAGGCAACGAUGGACCGAAGGGACAAGAAACCAAUGAGGUGUACGAGGAGACGGCGGCCAUCGACUGUGACCAGGACGGAGCAGCAGCACCAAAGUUCACAGGAAACAGCAGCCAUCCAGGCAGCACUGCCAAACCUGCCCCUGAUGGUGGCGCUCUGGAUCCAGGCCCGGACUCCCAGAACCUCAUCUGGAGGGUUCUGCUGGACGGCCGGAUCGGUCCGGACGAGCUGCUCAUCAACAUCUCCACCAACCAGCUGCUGACGGAGGGCGACGGUCUGUUCUCGUCCGAGGUGGGCCCGGCGGAGGUGGGCAGCCUGGAGCCAGGAGGUCCGUUUGACCUGAACCAGACCAUGGCCUUCAUGCUGGGAAACAAACGCAACGACAGCGGAGACAACGUCAACCAGAACAAGACGGUGCAGGGCGGAGGGAGGACCUCGGGCCGGUCCAACAGAACCAGGGGGAAUCAGAGACUUUACCAGAAGAACCUGAAGCUGAGCGCUGCAGACAUGUACCGCUGGAAGCUGUCGUCUCAGGAGCCCUGCAGCAUGACCUGCUCCAUCGGAGUGUCCAAGUCGUUCGUCUCCUGUGUUCGGUAUGACGGUGUCGAGGUUCAUGACAUGUACUGUGAUGCUCUGACCCGACCAGAACCCGUCCACGACUUCUGCAUCGGGAGGGAAUGUCAGCCCAGGUGGGAGGCCAGCAGCUGGAGCGAGUGUUCUCGGACCUGCGGUGAAGGUUUCCAGUUCCGUCAGGUGCGCUGCUGGAAGAUGUUGUCUCCGGGCCUGGACAGCUCGGUGUACAGCGACCUCUGCACCAUGGCCGACCUGGAGAGACCCAUGGAGAGACGAGCAUGCAAGAGUCCAGCCUGCGGUCCACAGUGGGAGGUGGCCGAGUGGACCGAGUGUCCAGCUAAAUGUGGCCGUAAAGCUCAGGUGAGUCGAGACGUUCGCUGCUCCGACGAGACCCGACCAUGUGACCCCCUGACCAAACCGGCCAACAUGAAGAACUGCAGCGGGCCGCCCUGCGAACGCCACUGGACCGUCUCCGAGUGGGGUCCGUGUUCUGGGUCCUGUGGUCAGGGGAAGAUGCUCCGUCAUGUUUACUGUAAAGCUCCAGAAGGUCGAGUGGUUCCAGAGAACCAGUGUCCUGCUGAGGACAAGCCUCUGUCUGUCCACCCCUGUGGGGAGAGAGACUGUCCUCCUCACUGGCUCAGCCAAGACUGGGACCGGUGCAACACGACUUGCGGCCGCGGAGUGAAGCGUAGGAUCGUCCUCUGCGUCGGCAUCACUGGAGGAAAGUUCCAGACCUUCGAUGAUGAGGCCUGUGGAGGCGGAGAGAAGCCUGAAGAGGAGAACACCUGCUUCGAACGGCCCUGCUUCAAGUGGUACACCACGCCCUGGUCUGAGUGCACUAAGACUUGUGGCGUGGGCGUCCGGAUGCGAGAUGUGAAGUGUUACCAGGGCAGAGAGUUGGUCCGAGGCUGCGACCCGUUGACCAAACCAGUGUCCAAACAGACCUGCACCCUUCAGCCCUGCCCCACGGAGCCCCCCGAUGAGAGCUGCCAGGACCGGCCCUCCACCAACUGCCUGCUGGCUCUGAAGGUGAACCUGUGCAGCCACUGGUACUACAGUAAGGCCUGCUGCCACUCCUGCAGAGCGGUCCGACCUCCAGCCUCCUAGUCCAGGACCCAGCUCCUCCACCGACUCCAGCCGAGGACACCUGGAGACACCUGGAAAGACCUGGACGCUUCUGGAAGCACCUGGAGACGCCUGGAAACACCUGCUGGGAGGAACCAGACCAAGAAUCGACCUGGUUUAAGAAGCCGAACGUCCGUCAUCAGUCCGAUAGUUCAACCCUCUGAACCGCCGACCACUUCCUGUCUCAUUUUUCCUCACUAUGACCUCAUUUUGGCUUACAUUCUUGCUUCAUUUUUGGCCUCAUUUCUCUUCACUCUUGGGCAAAUUUUUCACAGAUUUUAUUCAAAAACUGAAAAAACCUGCAACAAACCUUGGAAAACAGAAGUCUACAACUUUACAACCUUCACAAACUGGACAAGACAGUUUUACUGCCUUUUUGCUUUUUAGGUCUCUUUCUAAGUUUUGUCUCUUUGUAGUUAUUUACUCUCGUGUUUUUCAUUUUUUUAAAUUCUUUUUUCAGUUAUUUUGCAUCUCAUUUGAUUGUUUUGUGUGUCUUUUGGACAUGUUUGUCUCCUUAUGGUCAUUUUGUAUCUCAUUUCUGUAGUUUUCUGCCCAUUUUAUGCUGUUUUGUGUCUUGUUUUUUCAGUUUUCCGUAUUGUUUUUGUCAUUUUGUGCCAUGUUUAGGUAGUUUUGUGUUUUAUUUUUGUCACUUUCUGUCGCGUUUUUGUCAUUUUGUGUCACUAUGACAGUUUUGUUUCCUGUUGUGUCUGUUGUUUCUCACGUUGGUUCUAGUUUUUCUCAUGACAGUUGACACUCUACAGUUGUCUUGUCUUUGUCAUUUUUGUCUCUUUUCUGUCGUGUUGCGUCAUGUUUUUAUUCUUUUGUGUCUCAUUUUGGUCAUUUUAUGACGGUUAGGGACAGUUUUGUUUCUUUGUGGUUCUUUUCUGUCUUGUUUUUGUCGUUUUCUGGUUCAGUUUUGCAGGUUUGUCUCAGUUUUGUCAUUUCAUGCCUUCACGGUUUGUGGAACUGUGGGUUUUUUGUUGUUUUAUUUCUUGGUUAUGAAGUUUUGUGUCUUGUUUUUGUCGUUUUCUUUCUCGUUUUGGGGUUCAGAGGGUUAAAUAACGUCAAAUGAAACACACACACACAAAACAAAACUGUUUUGUUAUUGUUUGUUUUCCAAACUUAAAAUUUAAUGUACUUCUGGUUUAUUGGUGAUAAAUUGGAAGAAAAUCAAACAGGAUUUUUAUUGUUUUGACAGUAAGUUGUCCACCAUUUAAAGUUUGGAACAGUUGCUUCUCAUGAAAAGACCCAACGGACUCUAAAAUAGUAGAACAUUAAAAUCACCUGCAGCAGCUUCUAACCUCUGAAAUAAUUUUAAAUAACCAACAAAAAAACUGUUUAAUUUGUGUUUUAACCCAAUAUUAUGUCCAGACCUGCCCUUAUUAUUGUCAUAUCUCAGCUUAAACCUCAUUAUUUCCGCUCUUAUUGAUUUUUUUAAUCGGUCGUUUGUUUCAGUUCUGGUUUGAAUUCAUCCUCCAACAUCGCCUGGAGUCGGAGACAAAGCGGAGUCACCGGUUAGCAGGAAAAGAUCGAUUAAAUUAUUUCUCAACUGAAUAUAACUGCAUGACUAGAAUAUUUAAUACAGAUACUGUUUAUGGAAUAUUAUUUAAUUUUAGCGUGUGGCGCGGCCCAACAGGAAGCAGAAACGACCUGGAACAAGAUCCUGUUUCCGCUUGGCGCCGUGCCGACGCUCCUGCAGGAUAUUUAUUAGUCAUAGCACAUUUCCAUUUAGCUCGACGCUCCUGAUGCUGCCGACGGUUCCUCAUCCGGUCAACUGAUGCCAGAUCUGCUCCGAGCGCAGACAGAAAGAUUCCUGACACUUGAAGUAUGGUUGAAGUGUAUUCGUCUCAUGUUUAACUCCGGCGUACUGUGUUUUUAUAUCACUGAUACCUCUUUGUACAAAACUAAAGUAUGGAGAUUGUGUACUGUCGAUAAUAAACUGAAGCCUAAAGGUACUGACUUGUAUUUCAAUUAAAUAACGGUUCAAAUCAA